UCAUAACGAAAGCAGCAAUAAUAAUAGAAAAAUAUAUAGAAAAUAGAGAAUUCAAAUACUCCAAAUGCGUCCGAUCAGAUCAGACUCACCACCACCCAACCAACUCUCUCUCUCUCUCUCUCUCUCUCUCUCUCUCUGCAGCAAUAUUCCAAUCCAAAAGGAGCCAGAAAACGAGAGAGAGAGAGAGAGAGAGAGAGAGAGAGAGAGAGAGAAUGGUGGGCAUUUUCUCUCGGUUUUCAAGCAGCAGAAACGGCCAUAGACGAUCGCAAAGCGCACUUGACGGAAGGGAGGCAUUGCCACCAAACGCAGAGAUAGAGGAUACUGCGACAGCUAUUGCUGUUUCACAUGGGAUUGAGAUCAUGGUGGAGUUUAAGCCGGUUGAACGCCCGGUUGAGCCCUUGGAGAGUGAUCAGCCAGUCAAAUGCCCACUUCUGGAACCGUCGAUUCUAAAUGAUGGAAGAAUGUGGAACGAAUGGCUGUCAGCGAAUGUGCGAAGGAGGGCUGAUGUGCCAUUUGUGAUGGAAAGAGCACCCCCCGUGUAUGAAGUGGGCGGAUCAAGGGUACGUCCGGUCCCAACUAACCGCUUUAUCGCACCAUCUCUUAGCGCCCCUGAGCAUCAUAUCCUAAAAUUGCUGGAGGAAUGCAAUGCAGCUGGAGAUUAGACUGCCUGGAGCUGGAUUGACUGGGAUCAGAGAUGGUUUUUUUGUCUCCAAUGAAAUGCCAACUGCAUAAGUGGGCAACUGAUGACCUAUGAAAAACUGAAUUUAUGGCCUUUGAUAGAGUGGAAUGAUAGAAAAGGAUUCAUGUAGCCAACCCCAAUUAGUUGGUUAAGGCUUAGAAGAUGACGAUGAUACAUGUGCAACUGAUCAUCUGCCUACGCAAGGAGCCCAUAUAGGCAAAGGCCAAUGGGGCAUUCCAAUCAAUACCGAAUGUGUCCCUUUCAGCCAUGACUAGAUGGGCCCCUUUGAUUAGGCAUACCAAUCAGCGCACUCUUGGGAUGCCUCUUUCCAAGCAAUUCUCUGCAUUCAGGUUCAUUUACUUUGUCUCCAUAUAAAUUGAAUACAGAAGUAUGUAUUAUGAGAAUAACCCCAAGUCAUCACAGUUUUAUAUCUGACUCCAUUUUUAAAUUUA